AUGUCCUACACGAUCGGUGGUGUCAAGAUCCUUAACGAGUACCUUGUGCUCGGCGUGUUCGGCACGAUCGGUGCGAUCGGCUAUGCCUCGACCCGCGGCGGCUCGAGCGACGCCAAGAAGGCCCCGGCGGCGCCUGUGCUCGGCGGCCAGAGCGCUGAUGAGGAGUCCUUCAUCAAGCAGUUCAUUGCCGAGGCCCAGAAGGAGAGCAAGGACGGCAAAUAG